AUGGAAGAACAAAAGCGACAUUGGAGAAUUUAUCCAGUAAUCAAAUUCGCGCAAGGUAUUGCAUUUACGAUUCUUGUCUUUGCGAUCAUUCUCGCGAUUUAUUUAAUAACUCUUUACCAUACUCGUCUUACGCCAUUUGUUAAUUAUGCUAUUGUUUUUGAUGCUGGCAGUUCGCAUACAGAAAUGUUUGUUUAUUAUUGGCCAGCAGAUAAAUCCGAUGGCUUAGGUACAACAUCGAGCGUCAAUCAACUGUUUACUUGUCAUUUGGACGCUUUGGAAAAAAACGAUACGAAUCGCAUUGGCGGAACAAUAAAACUCAAAGCGAUAUCAGAUUUUGAACAAAACUUAGAUUUAUUAGAUGACUAUUUUGAACCUUGUUUGAGCAAGGCAAUCAAAGAAAUUCCAUCAACGCGUCACCGAUCAUCGCCUGUCUUUCUUGGUGCAACUGCUGGAAUGCGUCUAUCACGUUUACGUAACGCCACGACCGCCGAUCGAGUGCUGGAGACUAUUCGAGAAGUUUUUGCCAAUUCGCCAUUUCAAUUUGUUGUCGCGCGACAGGUACGAAUACUAACUGGUAUAGAAGAAGCUAUUGACGGUUGGAUAACAACAAAUGUUUUACUUGAAAAAUUCAAACAUCGUCAUACAAAGAAAAAGGUUCUCGCUAAAAAAGAAUUGGACACCGAUAUGGUUGGUGUACUUGACUUAGGCGGUGCUUCGACACAAAUUACAUUCACUUAUAAUCAAACAAAAGAUGACGAGCCUAUUCCGAAGGAAUUUACAACUAAUAUUACACUAUUCGAUACGAUUUAUAGUCCAUAUGCUCAUAGUUACUUAUGUUGGGGUAAGAAUGAAGCAUUGAAACGUCAUCGUGCACGUCUAGUCAAUGCUGCGAUCAAUACUAAUCGAACAACGUUUACCAAUUCGCGCAUAUUAAUCCGGGAUCCAUGUUUCGCGCGCGGCGCCAACGAAACAUUGACAACUAAAGAUAUCUUUCGUUCACCGUGUACUGCUAAUGAAAGAGAAAAAUUUAAUAGUUUUCUUAAUCGAUCAACAUUGACAUUCACUGGAUCUGGAAAUGCUACUCAGUGCCGCGAACGUUUAAUUAGUCUAUUCGAUGCCAAGCGUAACGACAAAACAGUGAAUUGUUCACAUAAAGCAGAUUAUUGCACAUUUGAUCAUACGUUUCAACCAACUAUACCAUCGAAAAUACAAUUCAUUGGCUUAUCAGGAUAUUAUUAUGUAUUCAAUAAUCUAGCCUAUAAAAUGGAUCCAUCCAAAACUACAGUUAAAGAACAAUAUCAAUACAAAGAUUUCUCACCAGAAGAAAUAAGCAAUCGUCUUAACAGUGUCUGCGAAACGCAACAUGCAGUGCUCUAUGAACAAGAAGGAAUGGACAAUAAAACUGAAAGUUUCAAACGACAUCUAUGUUUCGAUGGAUGGUACAUGUGGCUUUUAUUGACACAUGCCAUCGGUUUUAAAUCCGAUGAUUUGAAUCGUUUAAGUUUUGCGAAUACAGUUCAAACGGGUAAAGUUGGCUGGACGCUUGGCUACAUGAUCAAUCAAACAAAUUACAUUCCGGCUGAAUUUCGUGAACGAAUCAUAACCAAAAAUAGAUUUGUUGGAUGGUUAAUCAGUUCUCUUAGCUUGAUUUGCGUUACGUUGAUUUUUCUCGUUGUAACAAGUUACGUCUAUUGCAGACAAAAGCCAAAGUCAUCCGCAGAGAAAAAUCAUGGAUUAAUGCAAAAAAAUGAACAGGAAGUAUUGACGUAG